AACGUUACUUUUAAUUAUCAUAAACCUCGUGUAUUGGUGUAACCCGCCAAAUGUUGUAUGCCGCAGCGUUUGUAUGUCACAAUUCAAUCGUCACCUCUAUUAACGUAAGUAAAAUCCUAUCAGUACUUGUGUUAAUUUCCAUCUGUUCUUUGAUGUGUGGACUUUUACUCUUGUGGUUAGUGUAUUUUUUUUUAGUUGUUAUUGUUUUGUUGUACCUAUUCUGCUGUUGUAUAAUGAAGUUUUAUCUGCACUUCUAAUAACCCAAGUUAACAUCUAUAUUUAUAGUUCCGUCUCUGUUGAUUUGAAUUUUCAACAUGACCACACUCAAAACCGAUAUGAUGUCAUUGUUUUUAUUUUAUCAUCUGGAAUUCAUUCAUACUUUCACAUUACUUACUAAAAUAUUAAACCAUAAUUUACCGUUAAAAAAAAAAAAAAAUGAUUUUAAAAUUUUAUAAGUAACCUAUAUAAAAACGUUCCAAACCUACCUCUAUUAUUCAAAUAAAUCAUUCAUUGAUAUUCAACAUGAUUUAUUGUUUUUCUGAGUAUAACUCAAUACAAUCUCAAAAUUAUGUCGAUGGUACCACAAAAUGACAAAUAUUCUGCAGCUUAAAUAACUAAAUUUGUUGUGGUCACAUUCCAGUGAAUUUGUGUACUCUACUGUAUUCAGACAAUUUGGAGUUUUGUUAUACAUGUUUUUUAUUGCGAUGUUUUUAUGAUUUUCUUUAAAAUUUGAUCUUAAAUGAUUAUAAAGGAAUAAAUAUUACUUUAGGUAUACUUAACUUCUUUUUUUUUAUUACUAAAUUCAACUUUUCAUGAUCCUUGUGUUAAAUUUUCUAAUUUAAAUGCCCCUAAAAAUAGAUCAAAAAUAUUUUUAAAAAUUUAUCAUUUCUAGAAAAGGCCAAUAUUAGUGUUAUGUGAAAAUUUCAUGUUUACAAAUAUUUUAAUUAGGAAUAUAGGAAAACAACAAAAACACAAAAUUGAAAGUAUUGAAAUUAUUUUUGUAAACUUGUAUAAGUUUCUCUCUAUAUUUUUUCCUGGUUAUGCUUAGUUGUUAAAAAAUUAUUUUCUAAUUUACCAACUGGAUUAUAAAUACAACUAAAUGUGAUUUAUUGAUUUGUUGCAAAAUUUCUGAUAUAAACAAAGAAUAUUUUUGAGUGCUGAUUUUUUUUUUUUAAAUUUGUUUUGGAAAAAAUUGUAGGUAUUUAAAAAAAUAAAAACUAACAUAACCAUAAAUCACAUCAAAUAUAUUCUUUUUAAAUUGUUUUACAAACAAAUCUAUUUCUCAUAAACUAUACCGUAACUUCUAUAGUUUACAUGCAUAUUGUUUACUUGUAGUUCACAUAUGCUAUUUCACUUGACCAAAUUUAUUAUAAGGCUAUUUGUUUUUUGUAUCCCUGAAUUGUAUUAUUUAAUAUAGUAUAUUUAUUCUUGAACAUUUUAGAAAAUAAACCUAUUCCUAGACAUUAGUAAUGACUAUAGACCGGAUUUAGAUUUUACAUAUUGUUAUUGAGUUUAUGCAGUCAUAUUUUGAAUUCGCAAGAAAAAGUUAUUUUGCAUAUUUUGGUAUAUUUUGUAAAUUGUGAGUAAAAAAAAAUGUAUUUAAAUAAUACAGUACCUGAAAAAAUAUAUUUUUAAUAUAUAUUAUUAACAUUUAAAAUAUUUUAUUUUUUAUAUCAUUUUGAUUAAAAAGCUUAGUGUUUAGUAUCUACCUAUUAUAAGUUACCGUUCACUAAAUAUGGUAGCUAAUCUGCAAUGCUGGCAGUUGUUUUUAUACUAAUAAUAACUCAACGUAUUUGUUUAUCAUUAAUCAUUAUCAACUAUUCAAAUGUCCAAAUAAUAUUUUGUUUUGCACUUUUUCAAUUACGUUUAACGUCUGCUCGGUCUGCCUUGUGCGUUAAUUUGAUAGAUAUCCAGGCGUGUUUUGGCGAAUAACUACAUGUAGCCGGGUUACUAUAUUCUAUAAACAAGUCUGUUCGUCAAUCUUAUCUAAUCUUUUAACAUACAUCAUUUUAAUUUAUUAAUUCAUUUUUACUAUAGGCUAUACACGUAUAAAAAGUACAUAUUUCUAUUUAGGUAUUUGUAAUUAACCACUCCCCCUCCCAUUUACUCAACAACAGUUUACCUAUUAUUAUUUAAUUUGAAUUUAAAAUUAUAUUCUGCUAUGAAUGAAAAUGCAGUUUCAAAUUCAUAAUUAAAUAUUUAUAAAAUACAAAUUACAAAAAUAAUAUAUAAUUAUAGAUUUUAAAAAAUGUAUAAAUAUAAAACUACAUAAUAGAAUGGAAGCCAGAAAUCAGAAAAACUUUUUAACAUAGUUUCAAAUGCAUCAUUUUAUCAAGUCAUGGUGUUCUUUAUAUGAUUUCUGUUCAUACAUGAUUCCAAAAAAUGUCUGUUGGUUCCAAGAAAGUUUAUUUCCCCAUUUAGCAGAACCUUUUUAUGUUUUGACUGUGAGCCUUUGUAUAGAGAUAAACAAAGUGUGGUUAACAGUAGUAUGGUGUAAUCUCACUUCCCAUGAAUUGUUGAGGAUUUUCCAACAAUUAAAUUAAAUUAUUGAGUUUGGUUUGGUUUAUUUUUCCAUAGUAGGUAAACUAACAAUGUUUUCUCCAAAUGAUCAGAUACUCUCACUGUAGGGAGUGAAAACUUUAUAGUCUCUCCAUUCAGAUUUGUUAUCACCCCACUAUCCAUAUAAUAAUAAAUACAUCAUAUAAAUAUAAAAUAAUUCAGUUCUUAAAACAAUUACUGUCUGGUCAAACAAUUUUAUUCCAUAAUACCCACCAAAAACAUAACAUGUAAAAAAAAAAAAAGUAUUAGAAAUUAUUUAUUGCCUAUAGGUAAAUAGUUAAAAAUUAUUUUGAAAAUUUUACCUUGUCUGGAAAAGGCUAAUAUGAAUAUUCUNUGAAAAUGUCAUGUCUCUACAAAUAUUUUCAAUUGAAUUACAACAAAAAAAGGACUGACAUAUUUCGCACGUGAGUACAGCCACUGUUGUAGAGGGGAAGGUAGGAUACAGAUAUUUAUGUCAAUGUCUGUUUCCAUGACAACAAUGAUUGUUUAAAAAAUUAGUAAGAACCUAAUAAUUAAAAAAAUAAAUAAAAACUGCUGUCAAUGGCAACUUUAAUUUUUAUCUUUCAAUUUUUUUUAACCUAAAGAACAAGAUUUUGCUCAUAUUGAAUAUUAAUGAGAAUUUUAAAAAAUGAUUUCUAAAAACCACCCAGAGAACAUUCGCUAAACUCAGAAUCUAAAACAAAAUUGAAAAUAAUGAAAUUAUUAAGUUUGCUCUACUUUUUUCCUGGUUUUGCUCUAUUAUCUAUAGAAAAAUGACUAUUCCUCACCAAUUUAAUUAAAAAUGCAACUAAAAGUCGAAAGUUAUUUUAUGAUUAAAGUAAAAUUUCUGGCAGAAAAGGAGAAUAUUUGUGAGAGCUGUUUUUUUUUUUUUAUAUUUGAAGAAAAAAUAUUUGCUAAUUAAAAAAAUAUAAAACUAACAUAACAUAAAGGAUUUCAAAAAUAUUCUUUUUCCAUCAUCUUUAAAUUGUAUUAUUUGUGUUUAAUCAUUGUAUUUCUCAUUUAUUUCUACCAUUAAUUUCUAAUUAAUAAAGACCACAAUUUAUAUUCUAUGUAACCUAUAUUUUAUACGAUACCAAUUAAUGUAUUUAUUAGAAUCAAAAAUACUGAUAUCUUACAUACACUAAUUACUACAUAAUUGUUUUUUAAAACUACAUUACAUUCAUAAACAUCACAAAUGGCUUCAAUACAUUGACAAUAUGUCACUAUGUACACUGCUCUAAUUAUUUACUUUAUUUAUCUAUGUACUAACAAAAUUGAAUGAUACCUAUCAGAUAGAAAAAAAUAAUAAUACAAAUACAUUCAAGUAAGCAUCAGUUUUUGAAUUCUGAUGUUUGUUCUUGGUUUGUUGAUGUAUUUUUAUAUUUAGUUUUUUUAAGAGAACUUUAAUUUUCACUGCAUUGAUUGUCUCAGUUUAACUAAUGGACAACAUGGCAAAGUAACAUUACUUAAAAUUUAAAUUGUUUAAGAAUAGAUUCCAAUGCAUAUAAAUAAUUUGAUUUUGAUAAUAAAAUACAGCCGUGUUAGUUUUUAAAUUUUUUAAAUUAUUUUAACAUUAAUUUGGCAAUAAUAUGUGAUACCUACCCAACCUAAAAGUACAAAAUUAUUCUAAGAGUGUAAAAUAAUUUGUUUUUAAAAGUAUUUUAUUAUAAUGAUUAUUGUAAGUAAAAAUAAGUAUGUAUUCAUAGUAUAAAUAUGUAAUUAUAAAAUUACAGGUACUGAUCCUUAUUUUAAAUAAAGUAUGGCUCAAUCUCAAGAUAAUAAAGAAUCCAUAAUGAAACCUAUCAAUCAAAAAGAGGACAUUGAACAAGAAAAAGGUAAACAUGCCAAAAUUUUUCGAUAAAAUAAUUAAUGAGUUAAAUACUAAUUGUAAAAUAUUGUGUUUAAAUAGAUUUGUCUAUGGUUAACUAUGAAGAUGAUGAAGAUUUUGAUGACGCAUUUAAAAAUUUAUUACGUCCUAUUGAACUUAUAGCAAGAGCAAAUUCUGUUGAAUUUGUCCGCUUUGAUCUUGUUAAGGUAAUUUUUUCAAUAUAAAAAUAGAAUAAUAACAUAUAAUUUUUAAUAUUCAUAUUUAUUUUAGGAAUUGGAUUCAUAUUUAAGUCAUUUGAAAGAAUCUCCAGGUGAAGAAUCAUCCACAUUUGUGGAAGCUGCAUUAAUGAUACAAAAUGUCAAUGUCAUUUAUCAAAAGAAAGUUGAUGAAGUAUUUGAUGAAACAAUGAAACUUCGUGCAAAAUUUAAAGCUUAGUGAGUAAACUAUUUUUGUUUUCAACAGCAGUUUUAAUAAAAUUGAGUCAAUAAUAAUUAAAACAAAUUCAUAAAUAUCAUAGGCUCCUAAGAGUGUAAGCUUCUUUGGUCUUAAGCUUCAUUUCCCCCCCCCCCUUACCUCAAAACAAUUAGUUUUUAUGCAAAUAAGUAAUUUUAGAUUCUGGGCAUAUUUGUUUUACUAAGAUUUGUUGUUUUUUUUUUUAUGUUUGUAAACAACUUCUACUAGAAAUAGUAUAUUUUUUUCAUUUUUAUUUAACAUAAAAAAUCUAUAUAAUUUAGCAUAAUAAGUUUAUAUGAUAAGAGUAAUUAAAAAAAAAAUAAUAUGAAAGAUGUGAUAAAGUAGCCACCCAUAUUACAAAUAUUCAUAGAGAAUUGACAUUUUCGCAGAAAACUUAUACUUGCUUUUUUUUGACAGUGUAAAGUUUUCUAAACAUUUAAGCUAUUUAUAGACAUUUACAUUUUUCGAGUUUUAUUGUACUUUUUUUUUGGUAGCUAGGUAGGUACUCAGUAGAUGAAAUUGUUGACUAAACAGAAAUGCUUGAAAAUAUGGUAGGAGGUUUAUUGUAUAAUCAUACUAAGUGAUUAAAAAUUAAAUAUUCAGUGUUUUGUAAUUUUUUUUUUUUUUUUAAUGAGUUUAAAUCAAUUAAAAUAAAAAUAAAAAUCAUCUUAUAUAUUUUAGCAUUUCAAAAAAUAUUUAACAAUUCAUCACGUGUGUGCGUGUGUGUGUGUGUGUGUGUGUGUGUGUGUGUGUGUGUGUGUGCGCGCGUGCGUGUGCGUGUGCGAUGAAGUGGUGUGAGUAAAGGCAGGAAUGUAUUGGCUUUACAAUGAUGUUGGUUUUUAUUUUAUUUUUUCCUGUGAACAGCAAUUUUACUCCAAUGUACCAUGUAGCAAUUUUUUAGGGGUAAUUUUUUGAUUAUCCCAAAAUAGAAAAAAAAUAGAGGAAAAACAGGAAAAUAGGUAUUCUAUAAUAUUAUUAAAUUAACAAAAAUUAUCAAAGAAAAUAUGUAACAUAUAUGUAAUCAUUUUACCAUAAUAUAAUAUAUAUUAUUGAUAAAGCAACACUAAUAUAUUUUUGUGAGCAACUGUUAAUUUUUGUUUACAGAUAUACAUUAAAUUCCCUAUAACAGUGGCUGCACCCAUCCCCAUUAUCUUAGGACGGCUUUUUAGAAUAUGAAAGUUAUCUAAAAGUUGUGUAUAACUAACUUAAAUAAUAUUAGUUAUUGAAUUUUUAUUUUCUUGAAACCUUAGUAUUGUGUUACAUUUGCUAUUAAUACAACAUAUUCUGAAAAUAUGUUAUUAAAAUGUUGCUUUUGUUAAUUUAGGUAUUUAAAUAUAUAUAUUAACUUAAACAAUAUCUUAAUUAUUUUGUAGGCGUAGGUACCAAUUUGGUAGGUAAAUGUGGGUAAUUUACAUAUUUAAAUUAUCAGAAAGUAGUAAUUCAUUAUUGGCUUGCUCAUUUCUCUACUCUUAAGAUAAUUCAACCCAUCUAUAAAUAAUGUUAAACAAAUUGAUAUUAUGAUGUGAUUUUUAAUAUAAAUAAUAUUGAUCUAUUAUAUUGAAUACUAUACUCUAGUCGAACAAAUACAAAUGAGAUUGAAGAUGUUGCUGAUAUUGUAGAAGAUAAAAAGAAAAGAGUAGAAAAAAGGAAGUUUUAUUCUUCUUUUGAACCAAUUGAAAUCGAAUUAGCUCCAAGUACAUAUUAUGUUUAUAACUAGUUAUGAAUAAUUAUUAGAGAAUAUACAUUUCAUUUGAAUUUACAUACAUUUAACAUUUUAAAUUAAUUAAUUUAACCUUCUACUUUUAUUUAAAUAAUUAAGUGGGGUUGUAAUUACCUAGUUGAUAAUUAUUUUAAAUAUUCAGUAAAAAAUUUAUUUUUUUGCGUUAAUAUUAAUUUGUAACAAUAAUUAUUUAACAUGGACAUUAUAAAUUUAUUUUAAUAAAACAAAUUCAGAAAUUAUAUAAUUCAUCUAUAGCUCUGAUAAUUAAUCCAUAAAAACAUUCAAAUUCUUACAAAAUCAUAAUAUUUGUUUGUUCAUUUUUAAGGGAAAAUAUUUGAUUGCAAAAAAAUAGAUGUGAGUAAACUGCCACCCUUGCCAAAUUUUGUACUUAACACUAAUAUCAAAGUAACUAACAAGUACAAUUCAUUAUUGCCUCGUAUUAAUGUUGAAAAUGGAGAAAACAUUGGAAAGAAAUAUGACUUUAAGUAAGAAUAUUUUUAGAAAUUUACAGUUUGAUAUUGUAUUAUUAUUCAUAUUUUGUUUAUCAUAGGAUGAGUGGCAUUGUAAAUAGUCGAUUGGCUGUAAUUGAAUCGACUCUUUGCAUUUCUAAUCGAGUUAAUAAAAAAUCGAACUAUCUAACUUAUUUGGAAAACAAUGAUCCAGUAAAUAUUUUAUUAAUAAACAGUUUUAAUGAUGUUAAUUUUUAAUUAAAUACUUCUUACAACAUUCAGUUAGAAAUGGAUUUCAUGGAUGUGGAUGAAGUAUAUUCUGAUGAAGAAAUGAGGCCCGACAGUCCAGAGCCAGCUGUUUUUGAACAGACCAUAACUGGUAAAUUUGGCCAGGCUGAAGCCACUGAAGCCACUGAAGCCACUGAAGCCACCGAAGCCACUGAAGAAGUUGGUGUUGCCAAUGCAAUGGAACAAAGGUAAAUAAAAUAUAUUUAUGAAUAAUUAAGUUGUAUGAUAAUGAUAUUAUUUUACAGCCCAACAAAAUUAGUGAAUGUCCAUCAAGUAUAUAACGUAUAUGAAACAAGUGCAUGGUUAUCUGUUAAAAGCCAGGAGGAUAAUUUUUAUAAAGAUAGACGCUUUGUUAAAAAAAAUGCUUCAAAAAGAGUAGGUUCAAAUAUGUAUCUAUUGCUGGUGUUAUAACUAGGCAUAAUUAAAGAUAGGAUGUUUAUGACAAAUAAAUGAAAAAAAAAACAUUAAUUAUUAAUAUCCUAAAAACUUAAAUGCAGAUACACGGUUUUUUCAAAUAUAUGACAAAAAUAAUUGUUGUUUUUCUGAAAAAACUUUUGUUAUACAGAGAUAUUUGAGUUAAGUUAAAAACAAAACACUAAAUUAAUUAUAAAGAAACUUCAUUAACAACAGACGUACUUUUAAAAUUAUAACCAUUUUCUUAGAUGUCAAAAUAUAAGAAAUAUGGUCUACCAGGACAACUUCAGAAAAUGUGUUUGUAACCAAUUCACUUACUAACUAGAUAUAGACUUGCUGAUAAUCCUAUAACCACGUCUAUACCACCAGAUACAAACUAAGAAAUUUUACCUCUGUAAUAUUAGUAUAGAAAAUGUUAAAUAAAAUUGAUGAAUCAUGAAUUACGAUUUUAUCUACACAAUUUUAUGGGAUUAAAGAAAUGUCAUUCACCAACAUCCUAUCUUUAGGCUUAAAAACAUUGGUCCAUUCAAUGUGUUAAAGAUGCUCUUUAUAAAUGAUGCUUAUGAACAUAAUAUUUAAUUUGUACAUAAUUUUUAUAGAAAAUGAAAAUGUCUAACACGAAUAAUGAUGAAUUUUACUUACCAACAUAUAUACCUAGAGAAAUGGGUCUAAUAACAUUUAUGCAGAUGAAACCAAAUACUCCUGAUCCAACAUUCAGAGACAUAAUUCGUGCUGUACAAAAAAAAAGGAGAUCUGAACUCAUGAAAUUGAGAUACAAGCAAAGGAUGGGUAUAUUUUAGAAAUAUUCAGUUUAAUAAUUUUACUUGAAUAAUCAUGUCACCUAUAGAGUAUAAAAAAAAAAAAAGUUUUUUUGUGGUUGGGGAAGUAAUAUAAAAUUAACUUUAGUAUUCUUAUUUUUCUUAUAAAUUUUGAGACCAUUACAAUGAUUCCGGCUAGAACUGAGACUUGUAUUAUUGUAAUAUGGUCUAGGCGAUUUUUUUUCCUUCGGAUUUAAUUUUAAAAUAAAGUCGGUUUCAUAUUUCAUAGAAAAUUGUUUAUUCUUUUACCAAAAGAUGAGUGCUUGUUCUUCUUGUUUUAAAUUGAUUUGUGUUGUCAUUAUAUUCAUUUAGAGUUACUUAUAAAAAUGUGAUAAUUACCACUAGAGACUGUAAAUAUAUGCACUGAAAAUAUGGUAAAUAUGCAAAGGAAAAGUGUUAAACAAAUGUGCCGAAUAUGGACUUACAAAAUAAUUGUAACUAUUCAAUUGUAUAGUUUAACCAUGUUGUACUACUAUCAAGCAUAAAAAGAAAAUUAGUAGAAUAAAUGGUUAUAGGAAAUAAAAAAUAAAUAACACAACUUUCAUUUUUUUAAAUUUUAAAAUGAACACUAAAUACAAGACUUUAGCGUUAAAAUUAGUAAACAAAAAUUCUAAUAUCUGUGUUCAAAGGGUAUAGUAAGGUAUAAUCAAGACUGGGCUUUAAUGAGUUAAUUAGUUAAAAAUGAAGGUUUUUCAACUUUUUAACCUAAUUUAAUAGUUUGCUAUUUUAAUUAACUUAGUUCAUUUGUCUUAUUUGCCCAACUUGAAAUCAACUUAAAUUUUUUUAUUAUUCCUAAUUAGGUUAAUUUUGAAUUUUCAUAUUAUUUAGGAAAAUAUUUUAUUUAUGACUGUUGUUCAUUUAAAAUAUUUAAACUCCAAAGAUUUUAAAAUAAAGACAUUGGUAAUAUUUCAUAUUUGCUUUCACUUCAAUUAGGUGUUUUAAUUUUUAAUAUCUCAUCAAAUUUUUUAUAUUACCUUAACUUAUUAAUUAAAGUUAUUUUUAGUUAAUUGAAUAUUUCACUUAACUGAGUUAAAAAAUAUUAUUAACUUGCCCAAUGUAAAUCCUUGCUAUUAUAUAAACCAAUAAAUAAAAAUAUUGCACAUUUGUCAUUUCAAAAAUCGCGACUUUUUUUGCUUAUAUAAAAUAUUUCAUUAAAAUCCGUUGAGCCAUUUUGGAAGAGUGGGACCAAAAACACCCUGACACGAAAUAUUUAUACAUUAGAAUACCUCAACUUUUGAAAAAUAACAUUUGGCCAAUGGAAUCUGUUUGAUUUGAAUGAAACCCGCAAAUGCAUAUAAUUCCUGUUUCAUAUUAUCACAUUCCCGAUAAAAGUUAAUAAUGUACCAAUNCCAUUUUGGAAGAGUGGGACCACAAACACCCUGACACGAAAUAUUUAUACAUUAGAAUACCUCAACUUUUUCAGAAUAUGAAAAAUAACAUUUGGCCAAUGGAAUCUGUUUGAUUUGAAUAAAACCUGCAAAUGCAUAUAAUUCCCGUUUCAUAUUAUCACAUUCCCGAUAAAAGUUAAUAAUGUACCAAUCUAAUUUUAUGUUUUACUGUUGUAUAGAAGCCAUCCAAAAAUCUGAGCUUGAAGAAUCUGCGUCAAAUGAAUUUAGGAUGCCAGUCUAUGUGGGUGAAUUCGAUGAUGAUAAUGAUGAUAAUUAUAUGUGUGGAAUGGAUGAUGCAGAAGAACCAGAAACUGAUCCAAUUGUUCGAGAAAAUACCCUUACAUAUCGUAUGAAUUUAGAACAUAUGAAAAGAUAUGAACAAGAUGAAGAGGAAAUGGUUAGUUGAAUUUUAUAUUAUAUUGUAAAAUAUUUAUUUUAUUUCUCAUUUCAGGCAACUGAACAUCUGGAAAUGCGCAAAAGAGUUCAAGCUUGGCAUGAAAACCUUCGUCCAAUUUUAGAUGAAGAAGAAGAAAAAGAAACUGGGUUUGAUAUACAUGAAUAUGGAACACAAAUAUUAAAUCGCUUUAGCAAAGUUGGUGAACAGAAAUCAUUUAGUGAGUUAUUUGGAGGAAUGGCAAAGGAAGAAGUUUCUGGAUNAAUUAAUUUCUGAAUUUGUACUUAAAUUAUACUUUAUUGUAGACCAAUACAUCCAAUUUGAAGAUAUUAAAACCUGCUGAUGGUGAAACAACUAUAGAACUGUUGAAGAAGGAAAGACAUCAUGAAGAACUCCAAGCUAAUGUUGGUAAUCAAGUGAACAAAGAAUAAGACUAAUGCAUACUAUAACAUACAUAACUUAUAAUUUUAUUUUCCUAUUUUUUUUUUCCAAAUAAUUUUUAGUCUAAUUUCUCCCUAAAACAUUGAAUUAAUGUCAUAUUUAUAUGAAAUCAAAAAUAAUUACAUUUUUUAAAUGGCCAAUUUCUAAUGGUUUGUUUAUAUUAUAAAUUUGACAUACCCUUUUUUACUAUUUUAAACAUUAUUUUUAUUUAUUUUAAAUUUCUCUUUUAAAUAUUUUGGGUUUUAAAUAAAUUUUAGUCUAGAUUAGUUUAAUAUUUAGUUUUCAAUAAAAUAUGUAUUGAUGUCAUUUAUAUGCAAUUUGAAAUACUUUGUCUUAAAAUGACCAAUUGCUUAUUGCUUAUUCAUAUUAUAAAUUUGACAUACCCUUUUAACUAUUUUAAACAUUUUUUUUAUUCAUUUUAAAUUUCUCUUAAAUAUUUUGGAUUUCAAAUAAAUUUUAGUCUAGAUUAGUUUAGCAGUAAUUUUAAUUUUGAAUGUACUAAUUAUUUAAUUGCAUUAGCUUUAAAUUUCUCCUAUUUUUUUUUGUUUUCAAGUAAUUUUAGUCUAGAUUUAUUUUUAAAGUUUUCUAUAAAUAUGAAUUAAUGUCACAUGCAUCUGCAUUAUAAAACUGAGUAUUAUAUAUAAUUCUCAGUUUUAUAAUAUUUUAGAUUUUAAUUACUGUAUAAUAAAUUGAUUCCUAUUUGCUUGAUAAAAAAUAAAAUUACUGCUUUUAUGUGCAGAAUGAUUUCUUAACAAACACCUACUCCACAUAUGAGUUAUACAAUAGUAGUUCAUGUAAUGUACCAAAUAACCUUAUACAAUACAUCACUAUUUUAAAAUUAUUGUUGACACAAUGGGACUUGUCAAAAAAGCAUUUGAACAAGUCUAAAAAAGAAAUGUAUAUGAAAUUAUAUUACUACAGAAAUUCAACAAAAUUGAUACAAUGUACAAAUAAUUAUCAUAUGUCUUAGUGUUCUACAUAUAUUUUUAUCGAUAUAAAAGUUUUCUAGGAUUUAUAAGUUUUAAUAUGUUUACACAAUAAUAUAAAAUAUUUCUUAAGUACCAACUAGAGCCAAAACACAAUAAAAAAAGGUCCUCUUGUCGUGUUUUGAUUGGAGUAGAGUUUCUAAAAUAAAUUUUUUAUAAUGUGAAAAUAAAAAUAAAUAUUGUAAACUCAAUAAAUUUCUGGAUUCCAUCAUAAUCUGAAAAUAGAAUAGGUUAAAUUUAAAUCCUGUUUAUUGCUAUAUUGUGAGUUAUAUUUUAACAGAUUGAUAAGUUUAAUUAACUUGUAUAUUUUCUAUAAUAAACAUAGGUGUAAAUGUGCUUAUGUACAGGUAUUCCCAAUACGGCCAUGGCCAUACCUGCAAAAUCAGCAUCUUUAGGUAGUCUUUGUAUAAAUGACACUAUAUAGCUUUUUUUGUAGGUUCAUACUUUGAGAUGAGAAAACAGGUUUGUGUUAAUGAAUAUCUUUCUCCAUUUAUUGAAGAACUUAAUGAAAUAUUAACAAAUGG